GUGGAGGAUGAGGGAGCCAGGCGCAGCAGAGGUGGACUGUAGCCGGAUAGAUCUCCUCCUCAUAUGGCAGCAGGGACGGUGAAAUGUCGGAGUGUGUGGCUGCUGCUGCUGCCGCUGAUGUGGCUCUGUGUCCGGCUGUCAGAGACACAAACAUCCCGACCCUCGAUGGAAGAUGACGUCUUGCUACCGUACGCUCACGGCCACGGCCCCUCUCGCUCCCACCGCCAGGUCAGAGAAUGUCAGUACGUCGCCCACGGCAACACCACCCACGAGACCUGGCCCUCCAGUAACCACGGUGGGCUGCCGGUGGCCGAGUCCUCGGUGUUUGUGUCCGAUGUGCCGGGAAGGUCCACAUGGGUUUACGGUCACAUGACGGUGGUCCACGACCCGCUGAGGUCUCUGUCAGUGUUGGAGCCGGGCGGGCCGGGCGGCUGCGGGAUGAAGAAGUUGGCGUCGGUGGAGGAAACCGCCGAGGCCGCCGGGUGUCUGUACGCCCAGAACGCCGGCUUCUUCAACACGUCAUCUCACCAGUGUUUGGGCAACGUGGUGAGUGACGGCAGGCUGGUGCAGGACAGCGGCGGGGUGCAGAACGCCCAGUUUGGGAUCAGGAAGGACGGGACCCUGGUGUUUGGGUAUCUGUCUCAGGAAGAUGUUUUGGACCAGUCCAACCCGUUCGUUCAGCUCGUCAGUGGAGUGAUGUGGCUGCUGAGGAACGGCGAGGUUUACAUCAACCGCAGUCUGGAAGCCGAGUGUGAUAAGACUCAGGAGACAGGAAAACUGAACUUUUUUGCUGACGUGGUUUCGGCCAGGACGGCGGUGGGUCACGAUGCCGAGGGCCGACUGAUCCUGUUCCAGAUUGACGGACAGACUGGGAUAAGAGGGAUGAAUCUUUGGCAGGUGGCCGAGUUCCUGAAGAAGAACGGAGUCAUUAAUGCCAUUAAUCUGGAUGGAGGCGGGUCUUCCACCUUUGUGACUGAUGGUGCGUUGGCCAGCUACCCGUCUGAUCACUGUCACUCGGACAGCAGGUGGCGCUGCGCCCGCCGUAUCUCCACCAUCCUGUGCGUCCAUCCGCGGCGUUGCCAGCCGGCGGACUGCAGCGGACACGGAGACUGUGUGGACGGACGCUGUCGUUGUCGGGACGGUUGGCAUGGAGACGCAUGCGAUGCUCUGGUGUGUCAGCCGCCAGCAUGCGGCUCACACGGAGUCUGCACACCCAAUGGCUGCGCCUGUGAUGCUGGAUGGAGAGGAAAGAACUGUAGCCAAGAGUGCCUUCCCGGUUUCUACGGCGACGGCUGCAAUAAGACCUGCGCCUGCGUUAACGGCGGCUCCUGCGACCACGUCCACGGCCGCUGCACAUGCCCUCCUGGUUUCCACGGCAACACCUGUGAACAAGCGUGUCCUCUGGGGUUUUUCGGCAUGUCCUGCGCUGAAAAGUGUCGCUGUGACAACGAGUGCCCAUGUGACCCGGUGACAGGAAGCUGCAACGCCACGCUGCCAGGAGAGACCACCAAUAUGUUACAAACAG